AUCUCGUUCUUUGAUGCUAACCAUGCGACUUGAUCGUCUGAUGCUCAAGAUGAAUUACAUGGGUGAUGGAACUAUAAGCUGUUGUUUCCCAACCAUAAUAUGCUGCAAAUCUGGGAAUACUCUGCGAUAUUGGAGAUUAUCAUGCGAAGCUAGAAGUCAUUCUGCAAGAUUGGAGAUACAGAGAAACGAUGAUUUCUGGGUAGCUUUUAACAUGCGGAUGAUGGAUUACAGAAAUGUACAGAUAGGUCCAGGUGAGUUGUCAAGCUGUCACGCCCCAGAACCGAAAUCCGGGGACGUGGCAGACGCCGUGCACUCGUGAGAGGGUCCCACAAAUGCACAAGGCUCGGAACUUAUCAUAUUGUACUCUGAUACCACCAAAAUCUGAAGAUCAACUUUUAAAAUCUGCUCUAAUAUCAUAAAAUCUCCAAAUACAAGAUCAUGAAUUGUUUCUAAAAUUCAUAUCCAAUUACAAUAUGCCUAGCCUUCUAACUCGUCACUUCCCGUGGUUUCCCCGUUCUCGGUUUCAUUUCCUGAAAUGGUGGACAAGGAAAAACUAUGAGAUAAACUCAGUAAGUAAAU